AUGAGAGCCGCGGCCACAUCCACAGCCUUCUCCCUCCUCUCGCCCUCCCGCCUCCGGACCUCCGCUCCCACCACCAGCAGCCUCCCCUACCGCCGUCGACCCCGUAUCGCCGCGAUGGCCGCCGCCGCCUCCUCCUUCCGCCCGGAGGCCGCGCGCUCGCCCCCCGCCGUCGAGCCCCCGGCCCCGCCGCUCUCCAAGUUCAAGGUGGCGCUGUGCCAGCUGUCGGUGACGGCGGACAAGGCUCGCAACAUCGCGCGCGCCCGCGCGGCCAUCGAGUCCGCUGCGGCCGACGGCGCCAAGCUCGUGCUCCUCCCGAUAUGGAAUGGUCCAUAUUCAAAUGAAAGCUUUCCAGAGUAUGCUGAGGACAUUGAGGCUGGUGGCGAUGCAGCUCCUUCAUUUUCAAUGAUGUCUGAUGUUGCUCGCAGCUUGCAAAUUACUCUUGUUGGUGGAUCCAUAUCAGAACGUUCUGGUAACAGCUUGUACAAUACAUGCUGCGUCUUUGGUUCAGAUGGCAAGCUUAAGGGUAAACAUAGAAAGGUCCAUCUUUUUGACAUUGAUAUUCCAGGAAAGAUUACAUUCCAGGAAUCAAAAACCCUUACCGCUGGGCAGGAUCUUACUGUUGUUGACACAGAUGUAGGCCGAAUUGGUAUAGGCAUUUGCUAUGACAUUCGUUUCCAGGAAUUGGCAAUGUUGUAUGCUGCAAGAGGUGCUCAUUUGCUAUGCUAUCCUGGUGCUUUCAACAUGACUACUGGGCCAUUGCACUGGGAGUUGCUUCAACGGGCAAGGGCUGCUGACAACCAGCUUUUUGUGGCAACCUGUGCUCCAGCUCGAGAUACUAGUUCAAGCUAUGUUGCUUGGGGACAUUCCACUCUUGUUGGACCGUUUGGUGAGGUGAUCGCCACAACUGAGCAUGACGAAUCAACUAUAAUAGCUGAGAUUGAUUAUUCAUUGAUUGAGCAGAGGAGGCAAUUUCUUCCUCUGCGACAUCAACGACGUGGAGAUCUUUACCAGUUGGUAGAUGUCCAGGGAUCGGGUUCCAAGUAG